UUUCGCGCGGUUGUAUGUUUGGCGCCAGAAGUUCUCGUGCUCAGUUGCUCUCACAAUUUACCUCAGUUUAAAGUUUUCCCCAAACAACGUUUUCAAAAGGCAGGUAAUUUAGCUAACUAACAAGAAUAACAGGCUCAACAUUGUACAACAUUGCUAUUUUAUCGGCUAUAUUUAGAAUAAUUUGUUAGCUCGGUAAUGUAGCUAGCUAAAUUACCAUCAACAGGUUCGCCAGUGCUAAAUUAACUAGCUACUUCAACGUUACUGUACUGAAAUAAAUGUAUAGCUAGUGGUAGCUAUCUAGCUAAAAGGGUAACGCUAACUUUAGCUAGUUUACCAAAAUAGUUAAAUUAGCAACUUGCUGACAAAUUAACAGUUGAUAAUGAUAUUAGCUAACAAUUUUCCUAUAUUUCGAAUUUGACUAGCAAUAAGUUACUGUAGCUACAAGUUCAGGGUCAAAGGACCUCAGGGACGACAAUAACAGGCAAGGAUGAGUUCUUCGGAUGAGGUGAGUUGAAAAAUGCCUAGCUAUCCUAUCAGCUAACGGUAACUAACUGGCAUAAUCAAAGAUACUGAUGAUGGAGAGGUAACUUAACGUUACUAACAUUAUAACAUUUAGCCACCUAUCUAGCUAUGUAGCUAUCUGAGAUGUUCAGGUGAUUCCUGCUUGUGGCAUUUAUACCUGGGCCAAUGUCAUACACCUGUGGACUCGCACUAGGAUGAUUUCCAUGAUUUGAAGACCUAUUUCUCAAAGAUGGAAUGGACCCAUCUAGUGAAAUGUGAGAAAGUGCGGUACAGAAACUUGAAGAGGAACCACCUGGCUAUGCUUACUAUAGGGCUGAACUCCCCAGUACCUGCGUUUAUGAGGAGAAGCAGGCCUAAAUUGUUGAACACUGCUCCGCUUUUUGCACCCAGCGACUCAGAGGAGGAUGAGUGGACCCCUCGACUGGAGAGAUGCCCACCAGCAUCCCGGAGCUUCCGACGCCCAACCAGGAGACCAGCAGCAUCUCAGGGAGUCCCUCAGCCUGACAAACCAGCCACACCUGCUACACUUACAGUACAGCAGCCCCCCAGUGGCGAGGAGGCAGGACCCAGUAAUAUGGGGACAGAACCCGUCCAGCCAUUAAUGGAGGAGCUGACAGAAGAAGAAGUGGCCUUCCUCAGAGACGGCAGCCCAGCAGACACCCACAGUGGAGUACAGGAGGGGCUAGGAGCCACGGAGGGUCAGAGUGAAGCGACCCCCAGCACCAGUGGAGGGGAGGCAGGGAGUUCCACAAAGCAAGGGGCUUGUUUGUUGCACCCCAAACCAUCAACCUCAGGCCUGUCUAAGAGAGAGUGGCUGGAAAGGCAGAAAGCAGAGCUGAACACAUACAAGCGCAGCAGAAAUCUGAGAGACAGACCAAGAAUCACUUACACAGAGGAGGAGGUCCCCAAAGAUGAUCACUACCUCUACUGUGAGGACUGCAAGUCUUUCUUCAUGGAGGAGUGUGGGGUUCAUGGUCCUCCCCUCUUCGUCCCGGACAUCCCUGCCCCUCUAGGAACCUCUGACAGGGCCAGACUCACCCUCCCGUCCGGCCUGGAGAUCAGGACAUCAAGCAUCCCUGAAGCAGGACUGGGGGUGUUCAACCAUGGAAACACUGUGCCUGCAGGAGCCCACUAUGGACCUUAUGAAGGAGAGAUCACAGACAAGGAACAAGCCAUGGAGAGUGGCUACUCCUGGGUGAUCAACAAGAGCAGACACUGGGACGACUACAUCGAUGCUGGGAGAGACACUCACUCCAACUGGAUGAGGUAUGUGAACUGUGCUCGUCGUGAAGAAGAGCAGAAUCUGGUGUCCUUCCAGUACAGAGGAGGGAUUCUGUACCGCUGCUGUAAGCCCAUAGCUGUUGGAGAGGAGCUGUUGGUUUGGUACGGAGAGGAGUACGCCAGAGACCUGGGCAUUGUCUUCGACUACCUCUGGGACAAAAAGAGCUCUGCUAAAGAUGUGAACGCUGAGUCGUCCGAGGUCCAGAUCUUCUCGUGCUCUGGCUGUCCGUUCUCCUUCACCUCUCAGAUCUUCCUCCACAAGCACAUAAAGAGAAGUCACCAUGAUGAGUAUGUCAGACUGUUGAGGAGUGGAGAGAUCAGAUCAGAGAAUCUCAUGUCCUCCAGCAACUCAACACAGCACCAUGGAACCACCUCAAGUUCCUCCAACCCAGCUCCCACCAGGAAAAAGAGCGAGAUGGACAAGCCACGAUCAAACCACUGCUCCCAGUGUGGGAAGAGUUUCACUACAGGAGGUCAUCUCAGAACACACCAGCUCACUCACACAGGAGAGAAGCCAUUUCACUGCUCUCAGUGUGGGAAGAGUUUCACUACAGGGGGUAAUCUCAGAACACACCAGCUCACUCACACAGGAGAGAAGCCAUUUCACUGCUCUCAGUGUGGGAAGAGUUUCAGUCAAGAGAUUAGUCUCAGAACACACCAGCUCACUCACACAGGAGAGAAGCCAUUUCACUGCUCUCAGUGUGGGAAGAGUUUCACUACAGGGGGUAGUCUCAGAACACACCAGCUCACUCACACAGGAGAGAAGCCAUUUCACUGCUCUCAGUGUGGGAAGAGUUUCACUACAGGGGGUAAUCUCAGAACACACCAGCUCACUCACACAGGAGAGAAGCCAUUUCACUGCUCUCAGUGUGGGAAGAGUUUCACUACAGGGGGUAGUCUCAGAACACACCAGCUCACUCACACAGGAGAGAAGCCAUUUCACUGCUCUCAGUGUGGGAAGAGUUUCACUACAGGGGGUAAUCUCAGAACACACCAGCUCACUCACACAGGAGAGAAGCCAUUUCACUGCUCUCAGUGUGGGAAGAGUUUCACUACAGGGGGUUAUCUCAGAACACACCAGCUCACUCACACAGGAGAGAAGCCAUUUCACUGCUCCUUGUGUGGGAAGAGUUUCAGUCAGUCAGGAUAUCUAAAGAGACACCAGUGUUGUAAAAAGAGUAAAGAAGUGGAACUUUAGAUUCUCUUGACAUUGGGACAGUGAUUUAAUAGAAGAGUAAUGUUUCAUCAUGAAACAUGAAUGAUGCGUCAUUAUAUAGACACUGUUGAACUGUUUGGAUAGAAAUUAUGAUAUUCAUCAAACUGUCAACACUUUUUUAAUUAUCUCAAAGUACUGUGUCAUUGUAAUAGAAUUGAAUACACAUAAAUGUAUGAAUCGUAUUUUAUAGUAUGAAAUCUUACAUACAUUCAUGUGUAUAAACAUGAACUAUUAAGUAAAUUAUUUUUAAACUGAAAUGAAUAUCUCCCAAGUUAUAAACAUGACAAUGUUUUAAUCCAUUUUUAUGUGAUAAUAAAAUGUAUUUCUUUA